AUGUUCCUGAAAACAGUCGCGGCGACGAGCGUCGCAACCUUACUUCUGGCCGGCACCGCACCACUGAGAUCCGGAGCAACUCCCGACGUUUUGGAGUUCUUGUCACACUCCGAUAGUGCUGUGGAUUAUGCGGCGACUUCCGCCGCCAGCACUGAAGAUGGCGUCGACGCGGAGCCCGCCUUGGCGUUCACUGCUGACCAACUACAGGUCAUGUUUGAAGGCCUCCUCGAGCAAGAAUUCCCUGAUGAGUUGGAGAAGAUGGCAGCGAAAGCGAUGAUCGAAGAUGCUGCUCAAAACGCUGACGGGAAUGACGCUGACGAGGAGGAUCUGUUGAACAGACUGACUGCCAACAUCGCCAGCCUCAUGAACGACGAUAUCGGCGAAUCGCUCGUUGGAGAAGUUGAACCGAACGCCGGGAAGGGCGGCUUGAAGGACGGAUGGAUCGUGAAAGGCGGGGUUGCGUUGCUCCUGAAGAAGAAUAUGGCAAAGAAGUUAAGGCUGAUCAAGAUCUUGGAGACCUUCUGGCUUUUUGUGAGAAUGUCGAAGAAAUACGUUCCGCCCCAGGUUCCUCACCCCCAACCUACAACAACGUCAACUCAUAAACCGACGACUCGCGUGCCUCCCAACAAAGGUCAUCCCUCUCCUCCGAGUCAUUCGUCUACAACAACAAAGGCUCCUGGCCAGCCGUCACCAGCACCAUCUCCCCCGGGAAACGCACCGGUCCCCACUGGCAAUUCCGAGACCACCCUUUUCUUGAAUGUGGCCCCGCUGACGCUGUUGAAUCGAAUCUGUCAAGGGCAGCGUGAAGCGUGUGCUCAGGUCUUUGCAGAGUCGUUGCAUUCUGCGAUCUAUGCGGAAACUCAAGACCCGACAUUCACCAAGGACAGGGUCAAGAUGGGCAACGUGAGCCCGCGAGGCUCCGGAGUCACGCAGAUUGUGAUUAUUUUGCGCGACGGCGAUAUGCGCUACGCCAAGGUUCUCGAGAAGGUCAUGGCUGACGUGCCCAAGUGCAACUCGGAGCCGUCCCUGCCUAUUUGCCAAACCAUGACUGGGGACACCCUUGCAAAGAACAACGUCAGCCCUACUGUCAGCAGCAUGCGGGUGGUGCAGUGA